AUGCCAACAUCGUUGCAUCAAUCAUCUGCACUCACACAGGCUCUACCAUCCGCGACUCCUAAAAUCACCGCCCCAGCUGAAUCUCGAACAUCCGUGGGUCUGCUCUUGACUCUGGAAUCUUCGAAGAGCACUCCAUCCCAUCGCAUGGAAGCCAAUUCAGCCACCAGCAACGUUCCUAAUGGUUCUCCAGCCCACCCCGCCCAACCAGCUCACAACAGAAAAGGCAGUAUCAUGGUAGGCGGUGGCGUUGAUAUUCAGAGAGGCAAUAUCGCUUUCGGCACAGCCAACAUUGACUCACCAAAUCCCCUGCUUUCAUCGUCUCCUGCCGCUCCAUUCACCACCGGCUCGCAUCUCGCUGGCAAUGUGAAAUCCUUCGGUUCAAUCGAUGCCGAUGGGCAGACAGAUAGCAAUGCCGUCAAGGCAAAUCGUCGCGUCAGCGGGCCAGGCGCGGGACCAGUUGAAGCGUCCGCAACCAAACAGCCAGACUUGCAUUCCCUCUUCGCUUCCAAACCCAAGACUGCGGGCUCCAACCCCAAUUCUUCAAUGGGAAAAACCCCUCCUCCACCUCCUGCUAUGAGUCCGACGCACUCGGCACAUGGUACCCGACCGUCGAUAAAUGGUGGCUAUUCCUCGCACAACGUGAUGCCCAACACCAUGUACAAUUCUCCCGUGCCAAAUCAGACGCAUUUACGUCCGCCUCCCCUAGGCUCUACAAGCCAACCGAGGUCCCCGAACGCUACUCAUAUGCUGCCGGGUCAGUACAAUGGCAUGGGUCAACAGCCCUACACCCAGAACUUCCGACCGCCGCAAGCCAAUGGGGCCCAGCCCCAGAUGCGGCCCAAUCAGUACUCCACUAUGCAACCUGGUCGUCCGGCAAUGAUGCUGCCCCAGCAGCAUAUGAACGGAAUGCACUCGGCGCCUCAGAAUGGCUAUUCCAUGAUGCCAUAUCCUGGUCAAGGAUACUACGACGGGUAUAACAUGUACGCUCCUCAACAAUUCGGGAUCAAUCCGCAAUGGGCACCUCAGCAGCAUCCUCAGAAUCAGUCGCUCAAUGGCCAACUCUCGCCGCUCGCACCUGCGCAUCAGCUGGCGAAUACCGGACAGCCCUCUCCCGCUCCGCACAUGAACAACCUCCCGAGCAGUAGCGGCGCGAGUCCUGCGCCAACACCUCCCACCCGACCUGCCAGCCUGAUCAAUCAUCAGUCGACCCAGUCCAACGCGUCGCUAGUCUCUCUUCCGUCUACACCCUCACGCUCAUCCGUCACUCCAGGUACUCUCACACCUCAAUCAUUGCAGGGACAGCCUCCAUCCUUCACCGGGCUGUCAGGAGGAGCUUCAACGUUCACUCCGAGAGCGACCGGCAAGGCCAUUCGCCUUACCCGUCCAGACGGUACUGCAAUUGAUGUCAAGGAAGCAGCCGCCGCGGCGAAGGGACCCGCUGCCUCGGUCCCGACUGCAGAAAAAGCACCGGAGACAGCCGCAUCGCCGCAGCCUCCCAAGAAGAAGUUGCCGACCAUGCCAAUCAUCGUCCGACCGGAGUCUGAAGAGCCUAAUAAAGCCCUAUUGGAAGAAGAUCAGCGAGCUCUCCGAAUCAAGCGAGAAGAGGAGAUUGAGGCCCAGGAACGCAAGGAACGCAAAGAAAGACUUGCUCGUGAGGCGGAAGAAAAGGCGAAGCAGGCCGCGGCAACGGAAGUCAAGGUGACAGAACCCGAGGUUUCUGAGCCCGUCAAGCAACUGGAGCCCUCCAAGGACUCGGAGGCCGUCAAGCAACCGGAGGACGUCAAGCAAUCGGAGCCGUCCAUCCACUCGGCGGCCGGGAAGCAGCCAGAUGCAAUUGCCGAGUCGGUUGGGACGAAAGAGGACCUGAAGGCAGCGAAAGACAAGGACCCCCUCAAGUCGGAUCAAGAACCCAUCCAAGGGAAAGCUGUCGCGUCCGCCGCUGCGUCACCUCUGGCGUCGCCGGCCAUGGCGAGCGCUGGGCUCCCUCCAAAGCCAGUGGGCGCGGCCACCCAACGCCGGGCCGCACCCCCCUCGCUGGAUGUCAAAUCUUCGACCGAUGAAUCGUCUCCCGGUCCCUCGACGCUCACUGCCGCUCGUCCGAUCGAGGAUAUCUCGACAAUAGUCUAUCCCGGGUCGACGAAAUCACCUCGUCCCGAGCUCAACGUCGAUGCCAAACCCGGCAAAUUCCGCUACGAUCGCGAAUUCUUGAUGCAGUUUAUGCACGUAUGCCGAGAGAAACCUGAGAAUCUGCCCCCUUUGGACGAGAUCGGCUUGGAGGCGGAUGCAUCCAGUGGUUUCGGGACAUCCCGCAGUGGGCGUGGCGGCUCACGAUCAUCCAUCAACGCUGGUCGUGGAGCGGCUCCGACAGGCCUGGGUAUCGGAGGGCUCGGGAACAACCGACCACCCUUCCCAGCACAAGGCAUGGGCAGCUUCAACAUGGGCAGCUUCGGAUCAGGAUCCAUCAGGGGUACUACCAGCGAAGAGAGAUAUAAUCGAUCUCUGGCACAAGGCCGACAAAGCGGCAUGGCGCGCACACCAAGUCAGGGCGGUGCGGGCGGUCUGCAUGGUCUACCCCCUAUGAGCAUGUCAACGUCUCGCAGUGGAGCAAGUAGGAGUCAGCGGGGCCAGAAACGACUGCCGCAAGAUUCCCGAGGUGGCUUGGACCCUGAUGUAGCGCCGCUCGUCUCGACCAACAACUCAUGGGUCAAGUCACGUCCAACUGGAGAUGAUGAGGGCUCGCCAGCAUACAUUGAACGAAAAGUCAAGGCUCUGCUCAACAAGCUCACAGCCGAAAAGUUUGACUCGAUCUCAAUGCAGAUUCUGGAGUGGGCAAACAAGUCAGCAUCUGAGACAGAUGGAAUGACCUUAAAACUGGUCAUCAAGCAGAUUUUCGAAAAGGCGACAGAUGAAGCACACUGGUCAAGCAUGUACGCCCGGCUUUGCCGUUUGCUAUUGGAGCGGCUAGAUCCCGCCAUCACAGAGACUGUCGAUGGCAAACCAGUAUCCGGCGGAUUGUUGUUCCGUCGCUACUUGAUUGGUCGUUGUCAGUUAGACUUUGAAGCCGGCUGGAAGGCUCGAGAAGAAGCUGCUACCGCGGCUGCGGCAAAGAGCGAAGAGGACAAGGAGCGCCUUGCACAACACGAACGAGAGCAGGAUGGUAGCGGUGAAGCUGCGAUGCUCAGCGACGAGUAUUACGCCGCGCAGAAGGCCAAGCGUCGAGGCUUGGGUUUGGUGCAGCUGAUUGGUGAACUCUACAACAUGGACAUGAUUGGCAAAGGUGUCAUCGGCCAGUGUUUCAUCAAACUUCUGGUCAAUGUUCAGACACCAGAUGAAGAGGACAUUGAGUCGGCCUGCAAGCUCUUGACAACGGUAGGAAAGCCGUUCGAGCAGGCCGCUCCAGAAAACAUGGAAAUAGUAUUUGGUAGAUUGAAUGUCAUCCUCAAGGGUGAUGCCGUGCCUUCACGUAUCAAAUUUAUGAUCAUGGAUGUGAUUGAUCUGCGCAAAUCCAAGUGGGAAUCGCGCAACAAGACCGCUGGUGUCAUGACAAUCGCCGAAAUCCACCAAGCCGCAGCUCGGGAGCAAGCCGAGAAGACUGCUGCUGCUGCACAGGCGGCGCGGGAAUCUAUCUCGCGAGGAGGGUCUCGUGCUGGUCACUCGCGGGCUCAGCCGGGAGAAUGGCAGUCUGUCGCAUCUUCAGGAACCCGACCUCUGCAACGACCUACAGAUUUCUCCAACAUUGGCCGAAACAUCAGCUCGGCUGGAGUACCCAGCGCGCCAACCUUCGGACCCACAAGCGUCUUUGCCAAGGGCCGCGGCAAGGCAGCCGGCACGACCACACCUCCGCUGUCCCGCCAAGCUUCGACGACCAAUAUGUUCAGUGCGCUUAGAGAUGAACCGAAUGAGGCGGCAAGCGAGCGUCGCGGUAGCGCCGACGACAGUCAAACUCAGAGACCCAAACUCAAUCUUCAACCCCGCUCAAAACCUGCAGAUGCAGAGGAGGCGGAAGACCCGAAAUCGGAGAUUGACGUCGAUGCCAAGCUGGACUCGGACAUGAAAGAGUUGUGGGGUGAGAAGGACGCCGGUGGUUCCCGUGAUCCCGACGACAUCGUCGAAUAUUUCAAGAGUCUUCCGGAGGAGCAUCGGGGCUCAUUGGCGAAGCGAUUGGUGGAUGACGUCUUCCGAAUAGCUAGAGUGAAAGACGCCGAGGUGGUCGCAAAGGGAUUCAGGAAAGCAUUAGAGGAAAGUGUGACUACAGCGGAAGUCCUAAAGAAAAGCCUCGAAACUCGUCUGCCUACAUUGGACGAUGAAGCUGUCGAUUUCCCUCAAGCCUACAACGCCGUUGCUACAUUAAUGAAGAGUCUUUCGCUCUCGGAUGACGAGAUUGCCUCUCUGGCCAGCCAAAUCGAAGUUGAAGGGGAACCACGAGUAACGCCAAAACAAAAGCUCGAGAGAGCGCUCGCCGCAUUGGAUCAAUAA